UGCUCGAUUCAAAUCGAGGCCAAGUUUGAAAACAGGGUGAAAGAGAAACUGGCGAAGGCCAGCGAGGAAAGGGACAGUGAGAAAUUAUCUAAAAAUCCAGGAAGAUGGAUGCAAACGAGCCCCUCGUUGAGAUAGCUGUCGAUGAUAUGACACAGGUUCCAGCCAUGAGAUACAAAGAUUUUGCUGCCUUUUUUAACCCAUUUAUCAGCCAUACCGUCAAAUUUCUUAACAGAUUUGCUUGUGUCUGUGAAGAGAAACUAGCAGAUCUCUCUCUGCGCAUUCAGGGACUUGAAAUAACAAUUAGCCUUCUGGAAACAAAGCUUUCUUCAAUCCCUGGUCUGGAAGAUGUGACUGUUAAUACUCCAGAGCCCAGUCAACCCCCUACAGUCAACCAACAAGUGCCAAGUGUAGCACCUCAGUUAAAUCAAUCACAACCUCCAGAAAGCACUGAACAAGCAACCACCAAAGAAGAAUCUGAACCUGAAAAGACGCCAACAAAAACAGUAGCCGAUGAUCCAAGAUAUGGAAAAUAUUUUAAAAUGCUUAAAGUUGGGGUUCCGGUUGCUGCAAUAAGAGGCAAAGUACUCGCCGAAGGCCUGGACCCAGACUUGUUAGAAAACCCGGACGCACCAAUGCCAGGCGGAGGUGCCAACGCAGAGGAUGAUGAUGAUGAUCGAUCAAUAGAUGAGGGUUCUUCCGCAUCAUCAUUUAGUGACGAUGAAUGAGGUGUUUGAAUUUGAUUGAUUGAUUAGCAUUUGAUCAGCAAGUUUUGAUCAACCGUGAUUGAAUCAUGAUCCCAUCUGGCUCGAAAGUGAAAUUUAGAAUAACCUAUUGUAAUUAAUGAGAUCCAGCAUGAUGAGGUUAAUCGAGGAACCUGUCUGUAAAAUAGUAUCACCAAGAGGAGAAAAUAACGUAAAAUGAAUUUUGAAAUUUAAUACCUUUCGUAUCCUUGCAUAGAAAUUAUAAAACGUAUAAAGAUUUGUUUAGAAAGAUUUGUUUAGUGUCUAA